CACCUGCCUGAGGAGCCGCGCCUGCGCCGCGCCUUCCUCUCGCCGCUGCUGCUGGAGGACCUCAACCGCAUCACGGCGGGGGAGAGCCGGCUGGAGCCGGACGACUGGGCGGCGCACACGGAUGUGGCGGGUUUUGAGGGCGGCGAGGAGCAGUCCUGCCUGGACAUGUUUUGGCAGCUGGUGGCGGAGUAUAGUCCUGAAGACCGGCAGCGUCUGCUGCAGUUCUGGACGGCCAUGACGCACCUGCCCUCGGGCGGCUUCAAGGCGCUCAACCAGCGACUGCAGAUUAUGAAGCUGGGACCCUCAGCAGCUAGGCCCGCAGCGGCCACAGCCGCCGGACCAGCGGGUGCGGCUGCCGCUGCCGCCACCCCAGCGGCGGCGGCCAUGCAUGGCGCGCCGGCUGAGAGCUUGGGUCCCCACUCGCACCAGUUGGAUGGCGACGCCCUGGAGGGCGAGGAGCCCAGCAGCGAGGACUCCGAGGAGUCCAUGGAAGAGGCAGCGGCGGAGCCCUCAGCCCGGACGCCGCCGCCGCAGCAGCAGCAACAGCAGCAGGAGGAAGGAGAGCGGCAAAGCGAUGCGGCGACUGCUGCUGCUGCUGCCGCCGGUGCCGCGACUGGUGUGCCGGACGGCAACGGAGGUGAGGGCGGGCAUGCGGCGCGCGCCGCUGAGCCGGGUGCUGACGGUGCGGCUGCGGCUGCUGCAGCACAGUCGCAGCCGCAACCACCCCAGGAAGGAGAGGACGCCGCUGCGCAGCCCCUCUCGGGCUUUGCCUCAGGGGAUGUUGCAGAUGAGGAUGGGGAGAUGCCGUACGAUGAGGGGUACGACGACGAGGAGGAGGAUGACGGCAUGGAUUACGGGCAUGGGGAGGAUGAGGUAGAUGAGGAGGAGGAGUUUCAGCGGCAGCUUGAGAUGGCGCUCGCGCUGUCUCUGCAGGACCUCCCUGCUGAGCAGGCCAAUACAGGUGCUGGCCCGUCGGGUCAACAGCCCGCGGCUCCUGCUCCUGCGGAUGGUGCAGCUGGGGGCGCUGCAGGCGGCAGUAGUGCGGAGCAGCCUGCGAGCAGCGGCAACGGUGCGGACGACAGUGGAGGUGCAGACGGGGCAGGGAAUGGAGGCUCGGGGCCAACUGGGGCUUCGCCGGGCGGUGAAGCAGCCAACGGCGGCAGUGCCGGCAAGGCGGAUGGUGGGGCCGCGGACGGAACGGCGCCAGCAGCUGCGGCGGCGGCCCCAGCAGCGGACUUGGCAGCUGGCGACGGUGGCAUGCGGCAGCAGGACGCUGAGGCAACCGACGGACAGCCGCAGCAGCCUGCGGAAGAAGGAGUCUCAGAUGGUGCUGCUGGCCUUGCUCAUGCUGGCUCUAGUGGUGAGGCUGGCAUGUCGUCCGAAGCUGCUAUGGAGACGACGGGCGCGGAGGCCGCUGCCACUGUCGCUGCUGCUGCUGCUGCAGCUCCUGUUGCAGCAGUGGAUGGCCAAGCUAGGGAGGGUACCUCGCCAGGCGGCGGGGGUGAUACCACGGCAGCAGGCACGGAUGACCACCCCAGCGAAGCUGAAACAAGCGACAUGCCUCGUGAGAAGGAGGCAACGAACGGAGUUUCAACUUUGGAUGCUGCUGCAGCUGCCGACACGGACGGCGCUCAUGCCGGGCCGGGGGCCUCAGACCACCUCUCGGCCGCGGCCGCACCACACGCCGGCGAGCCCGCGACGGGUCCCGCUGCUGCGGCGGCAGGAGACGCGGCGAAUGACUCAGCUGCAGCAGCGGCUGAUGCUCCGAAUCCUGCCGGGGAUGACACUCACGCCUCAGCGCAGCUAAGCCCUCCUGACGGUGUGCUGGGUGGGCCUGUGAUGGAGCCGCCGUCUGACCCCAUGGAUACGGAGGUUGCGAGCGGGGCCGCGGCGGGGCCGCCGGAUGGUUCGGCGGCUGCAGCCUCACCCUGGGCUGAGCCGGGUCAGUCGUCCGCUGCACCAGGGGCCCAGGCCGCGGAAAUGACAGAGGCUGCUAUGGAAGGAAUUGAACAGCAGGAGCAGCAUCAGGAGCAAGAGCCGCCGCAAGGGCAGCCGCAAGACCAGCAAGCAGACCAAGGCCACCACCAGCAGCAGCAGCAGCUUCCCGAGCAACAGGAUGGCCAACAGCAUCCGGAGCCGCUAUCCGAGCAGCAGCCUCAGGGCAUGCAGGAGGAACCGCAGCAGCAGCAGCCGCAAGAGGCCCGAGAACAGGCUGGUAGUGACGGUGGCGCGAUGGAUGCGGAAGCCAUGGUCGCUUCCGAGCCCCAGCAGCAGCAGCCCGGUGGCCUGCAGGAGGCGGCAGCAAGCACCGCUGCUGCUGUUGCCGCGGCAGCCGGGCCCAGCCGGGGGCCGCCGCUGCUGCCCCAGGCGCGGACAUGCUUCUUGCAGCUCAACCUGCCUGUGUACACAAGCAUGGAGGAC